CUUUUGCUCCGCCACCACCGUGUGACUUCCACGUCGCGUUUCUACCUCACCUGUUGUUGCAGAGCCAUCAAAGCGUGUUGCUUUUUUCAGCAGACUCAAAAAAGAGUUUAGAACUUUUUUAAUUCAAACCUUUACCCCAAUUUAUCAAAGUCCCAGGACUUGUUCUGUUAAAAAGUCUAAACCUUUUUUUCCUCUAUCCAUGGCGUCUUUUUACUCCAAUCCUGGACUCCAUCGCCGUCCCAUCUCCGAUCGAGUUUACCGAUCACUCCGUCAAGACCUCCACCUCCUCCACCGCUUUUACUCCACCUUCUUCGUCAUCGGCGCCACCGGAAACGUCUACACAGUCACCCUCUCAACUUUCCCCUCCUGUUCAUGUCCUGACCCUGUAACUCCUUGCAAGCACAUUCUCUUCGUCCUCAUUCGAGUCCUCGGCGUCUCUCCGGACGACGUCUUCCUCUUCCAAAGCAGUGAAAACACUCUCUUUCCCUCCGAGCUCCGCCGGAUUCUGGACCAGCCGACACCGCCGGACGCCCUCGCAGACGCCGCACUCCGCCAGAGGUUUUACCAGUUGUUCUUUAACCAGAAGCAGGAACAUUCCGAUUGUAAUACGGAGGUUGAAGAUGGGACUUCAUGUCCGAUUUGUCUUGAUGAGAUGAAGAAGGAAGACAAGAUUGUGGCUUGUGGGACUUGCCGGAAUCCGAUUCAUGAACAGUGCUUUGUGAGGUGGAAGGGACGUAAUGUAAAUGGAAUGGUUAGUUGUGUGAUUUGUAGAGCUCCAUGGAAGAAGGAGAAUGAAGAUUAUGAUCAGCAUAUGUAUCUGAAUCUGUCUGCUUAUACUAGUCAGCCAAAUGAUCAAGACUGAAACUUUUUGUGAGAUUUAGAUGAUCUAACCUGACUUGAAUGCUUUUUGUAAUUAUAUGGGUUGUGGGGCUAACAGAAAAUUGUAGUUUCUUGCUUGGAGGUGUCAGAAAAUUUUGUCUUUUUUGUGCAGAUUUCAUCUUCAGGGUUCCAUGAUUUUGCAAUGAAGCUUUGGUUAGUUCUUCACAUGAUUUGGCUCUUUGAUAAUGUUGGACUGUCUAUUAAA